UUUGCAGGAAGAGCCCCUCCUGUGACAGAGGGUGGGAAGAAAAGGGGACCUGGGGCAGCCCAGCCAUGUGGGGACCAGGGGCUGUGUCCACCAUGGCCUGGACUCCUCUCCUCCUCGUGUUCCUCUCUCACUGCACAGGUUCCCUCUCCCAGUCUGUGCUGACCCAGCCGCCCUCCCUCUCUGCAUCUCCUGGAGCAUCUGUCAGACUCUCCUGCACCCUGAGGAAUGACAUCAGUGUUGGUGGAAAAUAUGUAUACUGGUACCAGCAGAAGCCAGAGAGCCGUCCCCGCUAUCUCCUGUACCACUACUCAAGUACAGCAUUGGGCACCGGGGUCCCCAGCCGCUUCUCUGGAUCCAAGGACACCUCGGCCAAUGCAGGAGUUCUGCACAUCUCCGGGCUGCAGACUGAGGACGAGGCCGACUAUUACUGUAUGAUUGGGCACAGCAGUACUCUCCACAGUGACACGGGCAGAUGGGGAAGUGGGACAAAAACCUCAGGCCCUACUGUUCCUGAACUGUGACUCUUAUUUUGUUUC